GUUGGCAGAAAUUAUGCAAGAGAGCAAGAACAAAAACGCAUUUACCCUCGAUCCCAUCUUGGCACCAUAAUCAAACCCUAAUUUUCCUUUCACUUCAGUUCCGAUUUCUGUACCUUGCUCCACUGUACUUUCAUUGUUUCAUUCUACUCACUCCUAUGUCCACCGUCACCACCUCUGGAUACGGCACACUCACCUCCACCGCCACUGGUCAACCUAAUUCCGCCUCCGCGUCCUCGGAUCUCUCCUUCGGGUCCCGCCCCAAUGUUGCCACUCGCCCUCUUGGUGCCACUCUCCGUCCAUGGCGCGACCUCCUCGACUUCUCUGCCUUCUCCCGUCCUUAUUCAUAUGCUGACGCCAUGUCGCGCCUCAGACGAAACCUCUCUUACUUCCGAUUCAAUUACGCUCUCGUAAUGCUCAUCAUUCUCUUCCUUAGCCUCUUGUGGCAUCCCGUUUCCAUGAUCGUUUUCCUUAUCGUUUUUGUUGCCUGGUUCAUUCUCUACUUCUUCCGUGAUACUCCCCUUGUUUGUUUCCACCGUACUGUCGAUGAUCGAAUAGUACUAUGUGCUCUCAGUUUAAUCACUGUUGCUGCGCUCGUGUUAACUCGUGUGGGACUGAAUGUAUUGAUCUCUCUCAUAGUAGGACUGUCGAUUGUUGGCUUGCAUGCCGCUUUUCGACUUACCGAGGACUUGUUUGUUGAUGAGGAAACUGCUGCCGGAGGCGGCUUGUUGUCUGUUGUGGGAAGUCAGCCUCUGAGACCAACCUAUACCCGGAUUUAGAUUUACCGGGUAUGGCCUUCGUUUGCAGCAUUCAAUUCAUGUUUGCCUUAUACCAUGAAGUGAAUUCUUCUGUUUUGUUUCACACACACACACACACACACAUACAAAUAUAUGCACAUACACAUGAAAUGGUGCAGAUUUCGGUCCAAAUUCAAUGUAGACAUUAUAUUUGAUACCAUUGUUGAGAAGAAGUGCUGAAAAUGAUGAUAAAUGCUGCUGGUUUUUGGGUAUUCUCUAUCUGAGUCUCCGACUUGUAUCUUGCAUUCAAGCUGUUGUGACCUUGGAUCAUCUUCUGUGCACGGAGUUGUGACAAGUGAUCAAGCAUUUUUCAACAAUGAAUUGGAAUUAGGUGUUUUCUGUUAAUCCAUGUCACUGAUCGAUUGUAAGUCAUUACCUGCAUUUUUUUUAUCUUUUCUUUUUUUUUUGAGGAAGAGCUAUGAAAAAAAAUAGAUGGUCUGUUUAGCUAGUUCAGUAUUGGUGUUCUUUAUCAGUUUGAUGUUUAAAUUUAACCUAUUAAUCUUGUGUCAUCAUCGUUCACCCGCAGACAGAUGUUGUAAAUAUUUAAAGUGGGACUAUACUCUACUAACUUCAUUUUCAGUGUCUGUUUAACCUUGAAUUCGUGGAGAUAUUCUAUCUAAGUUUUUCCAUAUAACUGUUCAUUUCCUGGAGUUUGGUUUAGGGCCCUAUUCCAUACUACGUACAUAAUUUGGCAUGCCUCAUAAAUAUUCCUUAUCAUGUACGCUAGUAUUUUGCACUUUCUGUAUUUCCCUUGAUUUUUUCGUUUUAGCUGGAGAAGGUGAAUCCUUUUGCUAAAUCAUGUUGAUUGGAAGAGAUGAGAACACAGAAUGCAGAAGGGAAUAGGAAGAAAUUUUCAGAAUAUAUUAACGAAGCUUUUCUAAAAGGAUUUAAUAAAGAUGCAGGGAGGAUGAUUGUAAGCUGAUUAGAGUAGAUGAAGAUAAGAAUUAAGAUUUAGAAGGGGAAGAGCUACAAGGAUUUCAGAUGCCACCCUUUUGGGGACGAAGUCGAAAUGUGAUGAUCUGGACUUGCUUGUGUACAGGCCCCCUGGGAUUGGAAUUUAGCCUUACUUUUUUCUCGUUUCCUCAUGUUUUAUGCAAGAGAGCCUGAAUGCUGUAUUAUAUCUGGCCUAAUAGUACGAUAAAAUUGUAACUUAAAUUGAUUGAGACAUUUUUCUCGGGGAAAAGGGACGCUAUCUUGUUAUGAGUUGAUCGCAUUGCAUUUGUCGUUUUCAUCAACUUCACCGUGGAACUUGCGACAGUAGUUCUGGCUGUAUUAUAGCUUCCCCCCUUGUGCUUUACGCAUGUUGAUAUUGUAGUCGGUAGUUAUUGCAUCAUGAUGGUGGUGGUGGUUCUGUUUAUUCUUAUUUCACAGCUUUCAGGUACAACAGUGAAUACUGAAAUUAUUAUUGGAAGGACUAUGAGAUCACCGUACUUCGUGCUUGUUGUUUUGGGAAGAGCUAUGAGUGAAGGCAAUUUUGCUCUGGCCUCUGGGUAUCGAUCUUGAAGUCUGACUCAUCACUUGUCGGGGUGAAAUUGUGCCUCUCUUGUUAUGAAAUUGGGAUUUGUUUAGCUUGGACGAGCUCCUUUUUUGGGCAACCUUGUAAAUCCGAGGAUAUAAUGAGGUCACUGUUGUUGUCCUUACGCUGUUAGAAGAAUCCGUCCAAUUAAGAUGGCUUAAGUGAGAGCAUUUGCGUCCCGUGAUAAAUGAUAAAUCUGAGCUGUGUUGAAAUUGAAAGCUGGAAAGAAUGGUAUUGUGUGAGCGGGGUAGGGGGAGCCCGCAUGGUGAACUUAAAUGAACAUCCUUUCGUUUCCUUCUUUUUUUUUUUUUUUGGUGUCAAGAGAUUUGAUUCAAAAAAAAAAAAUAAUUACACCAACAAAGUACAGGGAAGGUUAUGAGCCUAGGCAAUAGUAAUCGGGGCAACCCCAACAAUGUACAUACAAGGACAUAAUUGUCGAUGCUUGAAUGACCCGAGUAGCGUGUUGAGUCAUAGCUUGAACGGUGUGUGAUUCAUAAUUUUCUAUACUUAAAUUGCUCAGGUGGCGUGGCGUGGCUUGGCUUGAGGAUAGCGCGGUGGGCAGCAGCGAGGAAUAUGGUCAAGGUCUUCAAUGUCAGUCAUGCAUGCUUAACAGUGAGAAUGUGGUCAAUGCAGACUGAAUCAAGGAGGGCGAGAUUGGGCUACAAGAAGAACAUAUCGGCACUGUAAAGCCAGACGUUUGCGAUGGUGGUGGACUACAGGAGCUUGACCGUCGCCUCAAGUAGUGGAAGAUUGUCGGCAACCUGGUUGGCAUUCACGCCAAUGAACGCAUAUUAAUUGGGUCUUGCUCAAGCAAAUUUCCUUGAUUGAGUUUCUUGCCUUCUACUAUUUUGGAUGGCGCCAACUCCACAAUUUACAAUUAACACAAAUUUGUUACGCCCCCCCCCCCCCCGGGCCUUUGAAUGAGUUUGGCAAGUGGGGCCUUCCAUUUGGCCCAUGUUGAUGUGCACUAUCAAGAAGCUUGGGGCAAAGGUGCUAUUUUUUAUCAUUGUGAUGGGAUGGAGGAGAGAUCCGUAUUUUUGUCCCAGAUUCGGGUGAUGAGAUGAAGAUUAAAAUCAAUCAUUUGCGUGUCAGUCAUAACCGGAGUGAAGUUAUAGAGGAAUGGGGCGGCCGGAUGACUGUCAUCCAUGAUAGUUUUUCGAGGAUAUUUUGAUCUUUUGAAUACAAAUUAUAUCAUGAUUUAUAAACAUAGCAAACAUAUCACUUCCAUAACUAAUUUCAUAUUUAUCUCCACCUUCAUAUCCAUUUCCAUCUCUAUCAAAACCAAUUCCAAUGGAGCAAACAGGGCGUAAGGUCCGACAAGAAGCAUGGAAAUCACAUUAACAUAGUCUACAAAUCUACAGGAGAAAAAAAGAAAGAAAAA